AUGGGCUGUCAGCAGCUAAAAGAAUUAGAUAAUCUCGAACUUUUGCUUAAUGGGUUAAACCAGGAUAACAUAAGUCCACCGGCGCUAUGCGACCCGCUAGAAAUUGCGAAACGAUUUAAUAACGGAAUCAGAUCCAUGAAUGCUUGGAUUAUAGUGUACAUAAAUGUACUUUGUGAGGCAGAAAAGCUGAAUAUAUAUAAUGUUCGCGUAAUUAAAAGGGUAACAGAGAUAGUAUGGAAUAGGGCUAACUCUGAGGACAAGAGAAGGUGGCGUGACCUGGCAAGAGAA